UUAUCACGAUUCACAUCGAGCUUUUUUUUUUAACCAGCUGAGGAGGGGGGUGCCGAACAGAGACAUUUGAAGUCAGGAUCAGCUCCCACAACAGCUGCUUUUUAAUUUUUUUUAUAAUAAUAAUUUAAUUUCUUACCAUUUCAUUGUUCUAUCCUAUAAUUUUUUUCUUCAUUUUUUUUGGGGACACUAUGAAAGCCAAUGCAUUCCGGGUGCAUGCCUGCUGCUGGCUGGGACUAUGAUUUAUCAAUGCUCGCAGCUUUGUUCUCAUGACACACUUGCACUCAUUCAGUCGCAUCAAAACAGGAGAGAGCGGUGAUUUGCCUUUAACUUUCUUGCAUCUUCGACGAUUCCAGCUGCAGCAGGUACUUUCUGCACUUGAGCCUGCUGUGUGUAGGUGUUGAAGCAGCCAUGUGGAGCAGAGAGAGCGCUCCUCUACUUCUCAUCUGCCUGCUGGCGCUCACAGCUCUUUGGAAAACCAGGUCAGUGAAUGCCGAUGCCCAAUCUGAUGCCUUUAAAACCAACAUCACCCUGUUUACACGGAUCCUGGACAGCCUGCUCGAUGGAUAUGACAACCGUCUACGGCCAGGUCUUGGGGACAGGAUAACUGAGGUGAAGACAAACAUCUACGUCACCAGCUUUGGACCGGUGUCGGACACAGACAUGGAGUACACCAUAGAUGUUUUCUUCCGGCAAAGCUGGAAGGAUGAGAGGUUGAAAUUUCACGGACCAAUGAAUAUUCUGCCUCUCAACAACCUGAUGGCAAGUAAAAUCUGGACUCCAGACACCUUCUUCCACAAUGGGAAAAAGUCUGUGGCUCAUAACAUGACCAUGCCUAAUAAACUGCUGAGGAUCAAAGAUGACGGGACACUGCUGUACACCAUGAGGUUAACUGUGCAUGCAGAGUGCCCAAUGCAUCUGGAGGAUUUCCCCAUGGACUUUCAUUCCUGUCCACUAAAAUUUGGCAGCUAUGCCUACACAAUCUCUGAAGUGACUUACGCUUGGACUCUAAAUGCUUCCGACUCUGUGGUGGUGGAAGGAGAGAGCUCCCGCUUGAACCAGUAUGACCUGCUCGGACAAACGGUCGGACAGGAAACCAUCAAAUCGAGUACAGGUGAAUACACUGUGAUGACGGCUCAUUUCCAUCUGAAGAGGAAGAUUGGCUACUUUGUCAUCCAGACAUACCUCCCGUGCAUCAUGACAGUCAUUCUUUCCCAAGUGUCUUUCUGGUUGAAUAGAGAAUCAGUGCCGGCUAGGACUGUGUUCGGUGUAACCACCGUUCUCACCAUGACAACACUGAGUAUAAGUGCGAGGAACUCCCUUCCCAAGGUUGCCUACGCCACCGCCAUGGACUGGUUCAUCGCCGUCUGCUACGCCUUCGUCUUCUCCGCUUUGAUCGAGUUUGCCACCGUCAAUUACUUCACAAAGCGUGGCUGGGCCUGGGACGGAAAGAGCGUCGUGACUGACAAGAAAAAGGAGAGGGCAUCUGUCAUGAAGAAGAAUAACGCCUACGCUGUAGCAGUGGCCAACUACGCGCCCAACAUCACCAAGGACUCCAGCACACUUCCAACUAUUGCCAAAGGGGGCGCUUCAGAUCCUAACAAGCCCAAAGCAGACGGCAAAGUCCCUGACAGCAAGAAGACAUUCAACAGCGUUAGCAAAAUUGACAGGAUGUCAAGGAUUUUGUUUCCCGUUCUCUUUGGCAGCUUCAAUCUCGUCUACUGGGCCACCUACUUAAACAGAGAACCCGUUAUAAAGGACAUGGUCCCCUCUACUUAGAGGCCAGUUUUCAUGGGUUCUGGUCUGGGGAUUAAGAGACGAACCAAAUACCUCCAGCAACUGUGUACACAUACCUUUGCAGAUUGAAGUCCUGGAUUGCAGUGUGAUCCUCUAUCUCCGCCUGUUUUCUACACCGUCUGCAGCACUUUUGAAAAGCCCGGCUUUUGUAAAUGUGUAUGUAUAUUUAUAUUCAUGUUUUCAUGGUGACAUAUUGUGUGAUUACUUCGAUUAGAGUGCAUAUUUCCUUCAAAGUAUGUUUCCAGUUACAGUAUGUGUCCACUGUACAUACAGACUAAGAGCAAACACAUGAACAUGAACACAAACAUUUUAUUUACUUCUAAAUGUGUUGAAUUUUGCUGGUAAUGCCCACUCUUGAUAUUACAGUAUAUAUUUUUCUUUUGAGUGAAAGGAACUGAUUUUAUCAUAUUUAUUUGCCAUCUCAGAGUGGCCUGACUCUUUUUUUUCUGUCCAAGCCAAUGCAAAAACACACUUGUAUAAUAUUGUUACAGUGUAAAAGUUGUUUUAUUAUCUGUGACUGCAGGUAUGGGGCUGCAAUCAAAUGCUGACCUCCAGAAUUGUUGGACCACUGAAAGCCAGAAAGGUUGUAGGAAUUACAGAGGAAGCUGCAACAUUAGUGUGCUUGUGCAUUUAAAACUGUUCAGUGCUGUUAACUUCAAGUUUGCAGCAGCAUCAUUUGGAAAAUACCUGUGUGUAUGUGAAUGUAUUACAUUGAGAAGGAAACAAACAAACAAACAAGCAACAGAAUUACAAAAGAUGCACACAGUGUGUGUUGAGGUGUUAAGGGAUAAGUCAUAAAAUACACAUAUUUACAUGGAAUCACAGUUGUUUUUAUUUAUGAAAAAAGGUGAUAUUCAGUCAAAAAGGUGCCAUUAAUAAAUUGACCGUGCGCAAAACUCUUACCCUGAACGAUCCUCGUCCAAUCAUACCUUAGCAACCGUUACUAAGAGAAGAAGGUCCAUCAAGCUCUGAGCUCUGAGCAACAAGGUGAAACGGUCUGACACCAGGUACCCCCAGAGUUUAGAGGGAGGAGUCGUUUUUUGCCCUUUUCCAAAACUCAAAAAGCAAGAGGAGCACUCCUAACUAUGGAUUAACCAGUGUGGGAGAGCCCACUCCCAACUUAAUAUCUCCGAUAUCAACAGACACACAUAUCUUUGCUCCAAGUUUAACAUUUUUUUAGCUGUUAGAUAACCCAAACCUAUCAACUAGUAUUCUUACCACUACGAAUGCAGAACUAGACCAACAAACACCGUGUGUAAAUUUAGCAUGCUAAGAUAGCUAGAAAUGUUGCUAGGAGCUUAACAUUAUACAGCUAAUGCUAAUAGCUAGUGUCACUGAAUCCCACAUCGACCCGCUGUGUCAUGCUAUGAUAUGUUUCUAAUUAACUAAGUCGGUGUAAAACUAGAGUCUAACUUCAAACAACUCCAAAAACACUCUACACUUUACACUAAAACAGCGCUGGUCUGCUCCAUGGCUGCUGACGGUCCUGGAAUGAAUUGUAGGUUUAUAUGUGUAUGCUGUAAAGCAGCAGCAUGACUGUGAAACGCCCUGGUGCAAAACAUUUUCUUUGGCCCUCCCCUCUGGCCUAAAAGCACAGGCAUGCACACACACAGGCACACUUUCACUUUACUAAAACUUUCAUUAUUAUUGUCAAUAUGGAGAAGCUAAACGAAGACAAACUUAAGGAAUGCUCAUCAAUAAUUUGAGUCAAUAAAGAUAUAAGACUUAACAGCCUAGUCAAGGAUCCUACUACAGCAGCAGUAAAGAUAAACCGCUCACCCAGUCACUUGUAGUGAUGUGCUAAUGAAGCCUCAUGGACC